AUGGCAGCAAAUCCUCCGCUGGUGGAAUCUCCCCAGGGUCUCGUGCCGGCCCCAUACGCCAGCGAGUGGAUCGGUUUGGCGCGAUCAGGCGUGGACAUACGUAUAGAUGGCCAUCCCCAGGGCCCGGACCGCUGGGAUCGGCGGGGCACCAUCUUCAUCACCAACCUGCGCAUGGUCUUCGUGGCCGAGGUUCCGGAUGCUGCCACGGGGCUGGUGGCCUACGACCUGCCCCUGUCCUACAUCACCCAACACUCCUUCCAUCAGCCGAUCCUGGGAUGCAAUAACCUGAAAGUGAGACAAUGCUCGCGCGAGGCUGUCACUGGGGUGGAGGGGGAGCGAGGCAACUCCGUACACAGGCUCCCAGCUCGCAGUUUUUCAGGCCAGCAGGUCAUCGCAGGCCACCCAGGUCACACUCGACAUGCAUAA